CAUGAGAAUGUAUGCGUCUGAUCUUGUUGUUGUUUGUAGGACGGAGCCGCGGGGCAACCCUAUGCCAUGGAUUUAAAAAGUGCUGUUUUCAACGCCGCCCGAGACGGCAAACUGAGGCUCCUCCAGAAACUCUUAGAGAACAAGAGCGAUCACGACGUGAUGAAGCUGAUGGCGGAGAAGACCAACGGAGCGACGCCGCUGCUCAUGGCUGCGCGGUACGGGCACCUGGAGCUGGUGGAGUACCUGAUCGAGUGCUGCUGCGCAUCUGUGGAGGUCGGAGGCUCGGUGAACUUCGACGGGGAGAUCAUCGAGGGAGCGCCGCCGCUGUGGGCCGCCUCGGCCGCCGGACAUCUGAAAGUCGUGCAGUCUCUGCUGGGACACGGUGCGUCUGUGAACAAUACGACUCUUACGAACUCCACCCCGCUGAGAGCCGCGUGCUUCGACGGACACUUGGAUAUUGUCAGGUACCUGGUGGAGCACAAAGCGGAUCUGGAAGUGGCCAACAGGCACGGACACACCUGCCUCAUGAUAUCAUGUUAUAAAGGCCACAAGGAGAUCGCGCAGUACCUGCUGGAGAAAGGAGCCGAUGUCAACCGGAAAAGCGUGAAAGGUAACACGGCUUUACACGACUGCGCUGAGUCCGGGAGCUUGGAGAUCAUGAAGAUGCUCCUGAAGUACGGCUCCACCAUGGAGAAGGACGGCUACGGGAUGACGCCGCUGCUCUCCGCCAGCAAAAAGCGCUCGACUCACACUGUUCCAAACCGUUAUGAUUCGCAGGUGCUGUCCAUCAUCCUGCACCUCAUCUGUCUGCUGGAGAAAGUGCCGUGCACCGUGGAGCAGGACCACUUCAAGAAAGAGACCAUCUACAAGUUCCUGAAGCUGCAGGCCUGCGGGAAGAACGGCUUCAGUCCGCUGCACCUGGCGGUGGACAGGAACACCACCUGCGUGGGCCGCUACCCCGUCUGCAAGUUCCCCUCCUUCCAGGUGGCUUCUAUCCUGCUGGAGUGCGGCGCAGACGUGAACUGCCGCGACGAGGACGACAACAGCCCUCUGCAUGUGGCUGCGUCCAACAACCACCCCGACAUCAUGAACCUGCUGAUCUCCUGCGGCACGCACUUCGACAGCACCAACUCCCUCAAGCAGACGGCCUGCGACCUGCUGGACCAGAAGGAGCUGGCCAAGAACCUGAUCCAGCCCAUCAACCACACCACGCUGCAGUGUCUGGCUGCGCGCGCCAUCAUCAAACAUGGCCUGGCGUACCGCGGGAACAUCCCCGAGCGGCUGGAGGCCUUCGUGCUGCUGCACAGAUAGUGCUUCGCUCGGAGCCCUGCUGCGUUUCAUCGCCUUUGCUUUCUCUAUGCAGAGACGGUCGGAGCGGUGGGUGCUGUUCUGCCAGCAUUAGGGCGAUAAAUCCAUAUGGAUUCUGAGAUCUUCUGAAUGCAUCACGAUUCUCUCUGGAAUGGAUUCUGAGCGUAGAGUUUAACAGCAGAUGGCGCUCUGCUCUAGUUUUUAUCUGCUCACUCAAAUGCUCGUGAAGAAGAGCGCUUGUACGUUCGGCUGAGUCUGUAACUUCACCUCGGCUCACAAUGCUUUUAUGACGCCAGUUAGGGUUGCAAAGGGGUGGAACAUUUGCGGAAACUUUCCAAAAAUUCCUGGAAUAUU